UACCGUUCUCUCGCACAUCCUCUGUAAAUCAUCAAACCCUCCAAAUGUUUGACAUGUGUCAUUGUUCCGGUGUGCUGUGUGCUGAUUCAUUUGCUUGCAUUUCAUAUCAGACCCUUUUCAAUGUUAAACUGAAUCGAAUAACGUGGGACAUAUACAAGUGGAAUCUGCAGACGCUGCAAUUAAGUACGAAGGUCAUGUUUGUUUAUGUUGUCAGUCAAUGUUCUGAGUGAGUGUCUGUCCGUUAGACAGUCAAGUGUGGUGGAAGAAGACGGAACAUGCUCAUUUAUUGCCUCUGUUUCGUGUUCAGUCCAGAUCACGACCGCUUUCGUCUUGAACACCUUGGCUUCUUCAAGCAGAAGUCAAGAAAUCACUGGCUUUAAGGUGCUUGGACUCAUAUUUUUGUUGAAAUGUGUCGUCGUUUCCCGAGUGUGACCUGAUCAGCCAUAUGCUUCGCCCCUACGAAACUAUUCUAGACGCAGCUGUAGAGCUUCGGCGUUAUUGGCCAUAUGUGACGCCAUAAAAUCGAAAA